AUGUGACUCUGUAUAAUAAAAAUUAUGAAAUUUAUAUUUGUCUGAUCAAUUUUGUUGUUUUCAGCUGUGCUUGGAAGAGAUAUCUUCUUGGGAGAAGAUCACGAAGCUGGUUUUAUUGAGCUUAUGCCAACUGACGAGAUGUUUUAUUGGCUGAUGAGGUCAAGAAAUAGACCUUCAAGAGACCCUCUCGUUCUAUGGCUAACAGGAGGUCCUGGAUGUGGAUCACAAAUGUCCAUCUUUUAUCAACAUGGACCUUGGUAUGUUAAUGAUGACCUAACUUUGAGAAAGAAUCCACAUUCAUGGAACGAAGUUGCUAAUGUUGUGUAUGUUGAUCAGCCACUAGGAAGUGGGUUCAGCUCAACUGAAAAGCCAGAACAUAGAGCCAGAGAUCAGGAUGAUGUUAACAAGGCGUUGUACCUAUUCCUUGUUAAAUUCUUUGAUAAAUAUCCGGAAUUUAAAGGGAGAAACUUCUAUAUUGCUGGUGAAAGUUAUGCUGGGCAUUAUGUACCAGGAAUCGUUGCUUAUAUUAUUGAACAAAGAGACCCCAACAUGAACCUGAUUGCUUCUGCAAUCGGAAAUGGAUGGGUAAAUCCAAGGACUCAGUAUCCAUACUAUAGAGAUUUUGCCGUGGAGCAUAAUCUUAUUAAUGUGGUUCAUAGUGCGCUUCUUUACCCAGCCUUUAUUGGAUGCCAGUUGACAAUUGAUACAGGCUACAACUAUUUUGCCUAUAAAGUUUGUGAAUGGAUGAUGAACACCAUUGUGGGACGCCCAAAAGCCUUCAAUGUUUUUGACAUCUCCAAGCCUUGUGAAGGCUUUGCUUGCUAUGAUUUCAGUAAUUUCGUCAACUUUUUGGAGAGAAAAGAUGUCAGAGAAAUUAUCAAUGUUGGAGAUAGGCCUUAUUAUAUGUGCAACGGAGAAGUCUUUAAGGAAAUGAAAGGAGAUCAAGUCAAUAAUUUCCAACCCCAUGUAAAGUACGCUCUUGAAAAUGGAGUAGGAGUUCUUGUCUAUAACGGAGACUUAGAUUUCAUCUGCAAUUGGAUGGGUAGCGAAGCUUGGGCAAACGAAGUUUAUUGGGAACAUCAGGAUACUUUCAGAUCAGCUGAAUAUCAAAAAUGGAUUGUUGAUGGAGAAGAAGCUGGACAAUAUAAGAGAGUCAAAGAUUUCACGGUGAUUAGAGUUUUUGAUGCUGGGCAUAUGGUCCCAAUGGAUCAGCCGAAGAGAGCCUUGGAAAUGUUCAAAGAUUUUAUUGCCAGAGAUUUCUUUUACCCAGAAUCACCAUUGGAAUAA